CCCUUCCCUUCCCUCCCCUCCCGCUUUUCCUCGCGCCUCGUUCCUAGCAGUAACCUUGUUGAUCACUCUCCGCACGCCUCACACUUCUCCAGUCCCACGCCUCCUCCUUCUUCUUGUUCGUUCUCUUCUCCUCCAAGGUACCCGGCCCCUUAGCUCUUCCCUCUUGCUCCAUCUCUCCGCGCUAGGUCCCUGACUAACUCGCCCAAGCUUCCGUGCUGGGCUUUGGCUCUGAUUCUUGCUCUUGUUCCUGCUCUUGCUCCUCUCUGGCGCUGGCUCUGUGUGCCAGUGUGGACUCUCUGGGAUCUCAAAGCACACGCCUCCCCUCCUUCCUGGCUCCUCCGCCUCCUCUCGCUUCCCACCAAAGCGUCCGAACUCCAACACCAACUUCUUUUCCCGUCCGGAAUCUGAUCUUAACCUCGCACCUCCCGCACCUACCUCUCACCUCACCUCAAAUCAUCUUUCCGACCUCAUCACACGCCAACCACAACACCCUUUAAUCCACACCCACACUCGUUUUCCUAGUAUUAUAUCUCCGAGAGACACCUCACCAACUUUCGACCAACCUCUUUCUCUCGAUCUUGGUUUUUAAUAUUCAUUUUGCUUCUCACAGCAUUAGCCCAGGCUUGCCCUGCACCUCGUCUGAUUAGCUUCCGCCUCUCACUCUUACCUCUACGCCAAUCAACCAUUUACUACGCAGCAAUCUCUCUACCACAAUCUACCAUAGCAGUUGUAACUACCGACGUCGAUAUAGCCCCUACGUAUACGUUCGUCCUUGCCUUCGCGACGGAUCGACUUGAAAAAAGAAGGCUUGCUCCGUCGAACUAAAGCACUCGACGCCCCGACCCGAGAACGCCGGCGAAGCUCCCAAUCCGACCAAAUCGAGCGAGGGUGGAGAGCGGAAAGCCGUCGAGAUGGAUCACCCCAUGCAGGAUGCCGCAGCCGACGUGCUGGCGGAUGCUAGACGAACUCUAGAAGCUCUGAAGAGCUCUGGUGUUUCUCGUGAAGCAUUGUUGCAGAUGUGGGAGGCUGGCGACAAGGCGGCACAGCAACAGCAGCAACAACUUCAGCUUCAGCUUCAACACCAACAACAGCAGCACCACCACCAACAACAGCAACAUGCACCGCAGGAUGUCGCAAUGGAGGAUGCUUCCACACGAGCGAUAUGCCACGGCCAAAUAGGUCAUAGACCACGCAUCUCCGUAUCAUCAACAAGCUCAGGCUCUUCUGGCCAUGCGAGUAUCUGGUCUAUGGGCUCCGCUGCCUCCAAUGCCACCGUCGCGACACAUUACUCCCAAGCUUCGCAGACCCCUUCCACUCAGCAAUGCGCGCCUCAAGCAGCCCCUGGAGGCGUGCCCCAGGUAGCAAGCGCUCAGACGGGAUGGGGUCCCGGGCGCUUCAACUUUUACUGGUGCACCUCAUGCGAAACGAGAUUCAAGCGCAAGUACGACUGGAAGCGUCACGAGGAGGAGUUCCAUGAGCGUUGGAAGAAGUAUCCUUGCCCUGAGCCUGGCUGCAACAGGAGCUUCUGGGGAGCCAACACAUUCAACCAGCACCACAAGGCUUCGCAUGGCUGCAAGUCUUGCCCGCACUCUGAAAAGGUUGUCAAGUACUUGAAGAGGAGAAAGUACUGGGCUUGUGGCUUCUGUUCGGCGCUGCACCCUUCGAGGGAACGUCACGUCGAACACGUCGCCAGACACUUCGAGUCAGGAAAGACAAAGUCGGAUUGGAUGCACUCAAGAGUCAUCUAUGGUCUUCUGCAUCAGCCUCUGAUCCACGAGGCUUGGAAAGAUGUGCUGAUGUCCAAGGCCAGUGAGUUCCAGGGCCGUCAGCCAAAUUUCAGCUGGAAUCCUACACAGACUGGUCGAGCGCAGGGUUUCAUGGAGAAUGAGAGCCCAGGCCAACUCCAAGAUCUGCUCGAAUUCUUCUCUGGGUCCAGCUCCGAAGCCGAGUCUAUUGUCUUGAUUGCCUACAAGCUGGCGGAUCUCGUUUACCUACCCGUUCCGGCCUCGCCGCCAAUGCAGUAUUCCCAAUGCUACGCACCUCCUGCUGCUCUUCCCCAACAAUACCCCCCUCAGCCUCUCCUUCCUCCUCCAUCGAUACCCUCCCAGACUCUUCCGACUCAGUCCCCUCAACCUCCAGUAUUAGCAUCACAGGAUUCAUCACCCUCACCGUACAUGGAACAGAUGAGGGCCCAGUCAAUGAUGCCGCAGCCUUUGUUCCACACCCAACAGCCGCGCGCGCACACGGAACCUCUUCGCCGUGCAUCACUGGACAGAGAGCUGCCGCCGCCACCACAAGAAAACCAGCCGAUGAACUUCCAAUUUAUGCCUGAAAAUAUGGUCACAUUUGAAGACUGGGAGAGUUUCUCCAGCACAGUCGUCGACGAAAACGCACCACAACCCACGCCAAUGACAACAGAUUGGCCGCUGGUGCCUGUACAAUAUUACAAUGCCCCUGUAGGGCCAUGAACACUUUCGUUUUGUCUUGCGAAACAGAUAAAAGUCAUUUUCCUUUGUAACAUGUCACAUGUAUUGCAGCUAGCGAUGCCCGCUGGCGAAACAAUAUAGUAUAUAAUGGUAAUCACCUUGUGGGGGACCAGACUCGAAAAACUUCGAAUCAACAUUUCUUUAGGCCACGGAUUCGGGCGAAAACGGGACAGACUAGGUAUCGGAUGGGAACACGAAUUGGCAAAGGAAUGGCCAAAAAGAGGAGGGAGGCGUCGCUCACGAAAGAGGUGUUCCAUUAUGGCUGACGGCGAAUGUCAAAAUGCGAUGGAUAGAAUCAAAUCAAGCUCAUUGCAUUACAACCUUGGCAUCCAUACCCCUUCAUUUCUGUGCCCUUCCCCUCGACUCUUGACUGAUGAGGAGUAGCACGCUGCACUAAGAGACAAGCAGCACCCUGCAUAUUCGUACGGCAACAAAUAUGAACAAGGUCUCCGACUUGUGACUAUCCAUUCACCAAUGCUGGUUCAGGCGAGUUGCAAAAUCAUCACCUCGCAGCAGCAGUAUCUGGGGCGGGUUCCCGCUCAUUGCGUAUCACACCUCGACAUCAGAUCAUGCAGAACCUUUGCUCCGUACUUGGCAUUGAUGAUGGCUAGUUGACAUCGGUUGGAAGCAAACAUUCUUUUCGCCAUCGCUUUCGGCUGUCAUAUGAGAGUCGACCUUAUCAACCUUAGCCCGCUGGGAAGCUGCAGCGCACGUCAAACUAUUUGGAAC